AUGGCGCUUCGACGACCGCACCGUAAAUCCAGACAUGGCUGUCUCGAGUGUAAACGCCGGCGGGUCAAGUGCGAUGAAGCCCGUCCCGUCUGCUCCAACUGUGCCAAACGCCAUGCAGAGUGCGAGUAUGGCUCUUCCAGUUCGCUCCUCUGGGCCAAUGAAGAAGCCCCGGGGCUGGGAGGACUGGCACAGGCACGCCCGCGUGCAUCAGGCUCCGACAGCGUGCAAGGGGAUCGCGAUCGCGAUCCGCUGAGCAGCGGCCUGGGUUCUGCCAGUGCAUCAGGGAGUCCGGGGGUUAGUGUGAGCAUGAGCGCGGGCGUGAGUGCUGGCACCGACUCCCUCGGACUGCUGGGUCGACUGGGGGAUGCGACGUCCACGCCUGUACCGGCGCUGAACCUCCAUGAUUUAGAACUGAUGAUGCAGUGGUGUAACGCAACACACCGGACGUUGUCACGCAGCGAACGGACCGAUCUGGUCUGGCGGAAUUGUAUUCCUGAAGAAGCGCUCUCUCAUCCGUUUCUCAUGCAUGGCAUUCUGGCCGUCUCGGCGCUGCAUCUGGCCAGGACGGAUUGCGAUCCGUCACGGCGAGCGGCGUAUUUGAAUCGGGCCGUGGCACAUCAGAACCAGGCCCUUGCAUUGUUCCGCGAACUUCUGGGCGACGUCAAUGAAUUAAAUGCCAAGGCAAUGUUCGCCUUUGCGAGUAUCGUCGUCGUCUACACAUUCGGAUUCCCACAUACUCCCGACGCCCAAGAUCCAUGGACAUGCAUCGAUGAUUUAUAUCAAGUACUAGUCCUCACGCGCGGCAUCCAGCAAGUCAUCCGAUCUCCAGCAGACUAUCUCAGCCAAACCAGCUUUGCCCCGAUUCUCCACGUAGAAGAAUCCUCCGUGCCACUACCGGAAGACGCCGCAGCAAACAUCAACCAGCUCCACGAAGCGAACGAAGUCUGCGGUGCGCGCGACACCACACACGAAACAGAGGUCUACACCGCUACUAUCGACAACAUCUCUGAAAUGCUCAGCUGGGUCUACGGCGGGAUGACGGCCAGCACGAUCGCGGGACGGUGGGCGAUCAAACUGCCAGCGCGGUUCAUGGAGCUGCUGCGCGAGCACGAGCCGAUGGCGCUCGUGAUGUUGGCGCAUUAUGGCGUGCUCUUACAGAGUUUGCGGCAUCGCUGGUGCUUCGACGAAUGGUGCGUGCGGGUCGCGAGGGCCGUGUGGGCGAUCCUGGAUGAUCAGUGGAGACCGCUGGUGCACUGGGCGAUGUGUGCGAUAUUGGGGGAGACUUACAUCGAGCGGGUUAUGACGCAGUAA